AUAAUAGGCAAUUUAUUGAAUAAUUUUUAAAAUAUAUUUCCAUUUUAUGGGUGCGUGUAAUAGCAAUCCAAGAAGAAAAUACACAUCAAAUAGAGGUAGCCAGAGCACCUACAAUAAAACUCAAGAAGUUUCGACUAUAAAAACUAACAAAAGUUUUAAGAAACAAAGAACGAAUUUUAAAGUUGCUCCAAAUAUCUUUAUUUCCUUAAAGAGUGGGAGUAUACUAUCUUAUUAUAAAGUAUAAUCAACUCUAGGGGAAGGUAUUUCUCAAUUUAAUUCAUUUAGGAACCUUUGGAAGAGUAAGCUUAGUAAUGUAAAAAUCGACCUAGAUACUUAGGGCUAUGAAAUAGAUUUCCAAAAAUAAAAUACUUGUGAGUCAAAGAAAUUAAAUGAUAUAAGAAGUUAACAUUUUAAAAAAUCUUGAUCAUCCAAACAUUGUUAAUAUAUAUGAACUCUAUUAAGACGAACACCAUUAUUAUCUAAUAACUGAGUAUUAAAUUUAAGAUAAUAAGGUAUUUAAGUGGUGGAGAACUAUUUCAAAGAAUACAGUCAAGAAAUAAUUUUAAUGAAAAGGUUGCUGCUAAUUAUAUGAAAUAAAUUUUAAGUGCAGUAAAUUAUUGCCACCAAAGAAAUAUUGUUCAUAGGUACAAAUAUCGAUUGAAUAUUAAGAGACCUAAAACCAGAAAAUAUUUUAUUCGAUUCAAAAGCUUCUGAAGACUGUCUUAAAAUUAUAGAUUUCGGAACUGCCAAAUAGUUAGAACAAAAUUCCUAAUUAAAAUAAAAAAUAGGAACUCCUUAUUUUAUUGCUCCAGAAGUGAUUGAUUAGAGUUACAAUAGCAAAUGCGAUAUUUGGUCGUGUGGAGUAAUUCUAUAUACUUUAAUUUCUGGAAAACCUCCUUUUAAUGGAACAAAUAUAAAUGAUCUAUAUAAAAAUAUUAAACAAGGAAUUGUUGAUUUUAAUGGUUAUUAUCAAAAUUCUAUUUUAGGAAAUGAAUGGAAAGAUGUUUCUGGAGAAGCAAAAAACUUCAUCUUAAAAAUGUUAGUAGUUGAUCCAAACAAAAGAAUCUCAGCUGAAUAAGGAUUGAAAGAUCCAUGGAUUAUUAAUAACUAAAGAAUAGAAAAAAUUAAUCCAAAAAAUUUAUAAAAUCUUGAAUCUUUUCAUGUAACAUCCUAUUUAAAAUUUAAGAAUAAAAGCAAACUUGCAUCAGCUAUUUUAUAAUUAAUUUCUACCUAAAUUAUGAAUUCUAAAGAGAAAAAAGAAUUAAUUGAAGGAUUUAAAGCAAUUGAUAAAAAUGGUGAUGGCAAAUUAAGUAAGGAAGAAUUAAUAUAAUGUAAAUUUAUUAUAUUAAAUUAGGUUACAUGAAUUUAUAUUAAGAUGAAAUAAAAUGUGCAUAAAUUGUUGAUAAAAUAUUUUUGUCUGCUGAUCUAGAUCAUUCAGGAACGAUUGAUUAUACUGGUAACUUUUUAUAUUGAUUAAAUUAGAAUUUAUUGUUGGCUAUACAGAAAUGCAAAAUUUAAUGGCUAAAGAAAAAUUGGAAACAGCAUUUAAAUUAUUUGAUAAAGAUGGAAAUGGAAUCAUUAGCAAAUAAGAACUUUAAGAAAUACUAGGUGGAUUAAAUUUGCAGGAUUAAUAAUGGGAGAAUUUAUUCAAAGAAUUAGAUAUAAAUGGUGACGGUGAAGUUUCUUUUUAAGAGUUUGCAUCAUUAUUUACUAAAAACUCCAAAUAAAAAUGA